AUGCUCUGCGUCUCAACAGCCCAACGACCCAAACCCCACAUCAUGGGCUCGUCCUCCUCAAAAGCCGCAGGCGCCGCCGGUGCCGCCGCCCGCAAGUAUCCCACCCGCGCGCCCCCCAGCAAUGUCACCGCCCGCGCUCCCGCACCGCAGGCACCAACGCCCGGGCCCGCGGUGAAGCCGCCACCGCAGUUCAGCGAGAGCAAGCCAGAGGGCGGCGUGGUCGACAUGGACGCGCGCGACCCGGCCUUCGCAUCGCGCCUCAGCAGCCUCGGCGCCGUGCAGCCCAACCCGCACUACUCGCCGACGUCGCGGUCGCAGUUCGACCCGCAGCCGCGGUCGCAGCGGGGCGACGUCCUGGGCGACAUGAUGCAGGCGCCGCCGCAGUCGGCGUUCCCGGACCCGCGCAACAACCCCGUGCUGCGCGUGCUGGAAGCCCGGCGGACGAUUGCCGACGAGGCCGAGGAUGAGAUCAGCAACGUCGGCCGGAGGGGGUUCGAGGGGCGGAAGUAUGUGGACGCUGGCGUUAUUCAGUUGGCUUUGAUGCGGCAGGCGCGGGGCGAGCCGGCGGAGCGCAUUGAGAAUGCGCUGGGGAUCAAGAAGGGGAGGUUGAGUGUGCUCGGCGCAGGGAAGGUGGGCGCGGUGGCGAUGGGCAGCUGA